AUGGCAUAUGCAGAAUCAGAGGAUCAGUAUGAACAGCUUUACCAGGAAUUGGAAGACACAAAAAUCAAACCUGUACUGACUUACUUUGAUAAAAACUGGCAUGCUCCAACUAUUUCAAACACCUUUUGUGAGGUGAAAGGUGUAAAAAGCCUUGUUGACUCAAAGCCAUUUGAGGAUAAUAAUGAUUCAAAUUUUAACCGGUUCUCCCUCAUCAAAUUGCCACCAAAAAUGUGCAAAAAAAGAAGACCGAAAGGGCUUUAUACAGCAAUUGGCCUGCCCAACAGAAAAACAAAAGAAAAGAUAGUACCAUUCGUUAAUUUGCUGACCAAUGAUAAAAUUAAAUUAAUGUUAGAAUGGGUACUAAAAGAAAAGACUACAGCAGACAUUCCAGUCAUAUUAUCUGGAAAGAAAACAAUUACUCAGGAAAUGAUGCAGACAGAAUUUCGUCCAAAACUGUCUGAUCAAGACAACAUCGAUUUAUCGAUGAUCCAACACUUGUGUGGUAAAGCUGUGUGGAAGCAUGUUAUAAAAAAUACAAAAAAUAAGAAAUGGUUUUGCGAAGUUUGCAACAACGAUCUUUCUGAGGAAACGUCUGUGGGAUGUGAUGGUUGUCUGUGCUGGUGCCAUCUAUUGUGUAUUGGCAGAACAAAAAUGCCAGCAACCAGGAUCUAUCUGGUUCUACAAACCUUGCUCCGUACGACACACCACAGCCAUAAAAACAGAUAAAGAUGAAAAAGAUUGUUAAGAAUGCUUUUUUGUAAAUAUAUACAUACUGUGAAAU